GAUUAAUUCAUAUCCAAUUCGACAACAAAUGAAUACACACCCUUAUUGUCUUACUUUGUGCACAUUUUUCAAUGAGCUUAUCGAAAGUUGAGGUAGCCCCCGGUUACAACCAAGACAGGCGCCAAGAGCUUAACGGGGAGCAGGGAGGGGCUCGUCCCCCGGGACCCCAGACAACAGGCAAGGAGACCCACCCCAAACCGGAACCUGGGACUGACCACUGGUCGGAGUCUGAGUUUCCACAGGAUGACAACAUCCUUAACAAUGGAGGAACUAACGUGGAACAAGAGGAUGACGACGUGGCAGACGUGGCUGACGAGUUUGACGACAUGGGACUGUCUGAUCAACUCCUGAGGGGAAUCUAUGGCUACGGAUUCGAGAAACCAUCCAUGAUUCAACAAAAAGCCAUUCCAAUAGCUUUGACUGGAAAUGACGUGAUCGCCCAAGCACAAUCGGGAACUGGCAAAACAGCGACCUUUUCCAUCUCGAUCCUCCAGAGAAUAGACCCUGACGUGAGGGGCUGUCAGGCGCUUGUUCUGGCUCCGACCCGUGAACUAGCCAUGCAGACGCAGCGUGUGAUGGCUGCGCUGGGUGACUACAUGGGUGUCGUCUGCCACGCCUUGGUGGGCGGGAGUCACGUGGCCAAUGACAUCAAGAAGCUCCAUGAGGGCGUUCACGUAGUCAUAGGAACACCAGGCCGCAUUCUACAUCUUCUGAGUGAGAGACAUCUGGACUUGUAUACGACAAGACAGUUUGUUCUGGACGAGGCCGACCAGAUGCUGUCCAGGGGAUUUCUGGACCAAAUAAAGGACACUUUCCAAUACUUACCAAGGGACGUGCAGGUGAUUUUGGUUUCUGCCACCCUGCCCCCGGAGGUUCUGGACAUCACGGACAAAUUCAUGAGAAAUCCCAGACGUAUUCUGGUCAAACGAGAGGAACUGACAUUGCAGGGAAUUCAACAGUUCUACGUUAAUGUUGAAAGAGAGGAGUGGAAGCUGGAUACGCUGUGCGACAUUUACGAAACCAUCACGGUAGAGACGACCAUCAUCUUCUGUAACAAACGCGGGAAAGUGGAGUGGUUGGAGAAAGAAAUGACCAAACGAGACUUUACCGUGUCUGCAAUGCAUGCUGAACUGUCCCAGAAAGACCGGGAACUCGUACUGCGCAGCUUCCGGACCGGUUCUAGCCGAGUGCUGAUCGCCACGGAUCUGCUGAGCCGUGGAAUAGACGUCCAGCAGGUGUCGCUGGUCAUCAACUUUGACCUUCCCUUGGACAGGGAGAGCUACAUACACAGGAUCGGACGCGGUGGGCGGUUUGGAAGAAAGGGAACAGCCAUCAACUUCGUAACCAGUGAAGAUCACCGGAAGUUGGAAGACCUACAGAAGUUUUACAACACUGAGAUUAUGGAAAUGCCGAGCAACAUCGCUAGCCUUCUGUAAUCAGUGAACUAUUACGGAGCUGUAAUCAGUGAACCGUUACGGAAAACUGUAAUCAGUGAACCAUGUUAAGUGAUGCGUGUUAUGUAAAAUUUACUGCAUCAAAUAAAAUCUAACAAAAUGGA